AUACCAUUAGAAGACAUGAAGAUUCUCUACUCGUACAUCGUCUCUACGAGUAUAAUUGGCUUUCGCUCGGACACCCCGACGAGCAUGGUUUCGUCGAUGAAGUUGUGUGAGCCGCCGUAUAACGGAAUUGCGGAGAACGCUGCAUCGUUUUGUCGUACGAACCACGUAACAGAGGAUAUGGCAGAGGGCGAAGCGGGAAUAUUCCUCUUUGGACCCGGAGCCAGCUCAACUGACCAUGGCGUCACGCCUAUAGUGCAUUUACCAUCGCUUGGGAAAGGCAGGCUCGUGGCGCUUCUUUAUCACGGUCUCAUGUUCGUCUUCAUUAUUGACGUUGUUCAGAAGGAAACGGAUUCUGAGCUUUUCGCUUCGCUGCAGCGAUGGGUCGCAGAGUCCAAAAGCGUUAGUCAAGUUGCUCAACUUGUACGACAGCAAUUUAGUCAAGCUAUGAGUUUGACGGAUGAAUACAAGUUCGCGUAUGCGAACAAUGUGAACCGUGCUUUGCGGGUUUCUAAUGACGGUUCCUCUUCGCUCAACGACGAAGCCCCUAUGGCGCUCAUAGGGAACGAGUCUAGUCCGGAGGACCUAGUGCUCUUCAGUACUUUGCGACAAGUUUUGGUGCACGGGGAAGAGUAUCUGGAUGCUGCUGGCCUUCCUAAAGGCAGUCGAUGCCGUGAGAUCUGCUACAAAUCACCUGGGAACGGCUGGGCUUGUGCGAAGGUCUCGCCGUUGAACCGUGAGUUCUAUCUUCUGCUCGCGAAGCCCGCAAUGCCGUUGGUGCGAUGUCAAGAGGAGUGCGAACGCUUCGCUCGGAUGCAUCUCUCCAACAUAUUCACUAUGUGAGGCACUGCACUUUGUACGAACAACUGUUGGUUUC